UGGCCGGCUUAAAAAACUCAUGUUUGGCACGAAAUCAAGAAUGUAUAUGUCAUCAGUAACAGACAAACACAAAUAUACAGAAUCAGCGCCACCUGUUAUUGUCUUUUUUCAUGUUUUUAUAUCCCAUUAUUGUUCCUUAAAGAACCACCACCUCUUGAGUCCUGAACACGGCAGAAUAUGACUCCGUAUGAAGUUGAUGACUGUAGAGGUGUUCUCAAAGUUUACAGUGAUGGGUCAAUAUGGCGGUCCUCUGAACCGAGCUUUAAAGUCCCUGUAAUUGACGAUGGAUCGGUUCUAUGGAAAGAUAUCUUGUUUGAUGAACCCAAUAAUCUUUCUCUGCGGCUUUACAAGCCAGCUUCAGCCGUGGCUAAAAAGCUUCCGGUUUUUUACUACAUCCACGGUGGUGGUUUCUGCAUUGGUUCAAGAACAUGGCCUAAUUGCCAGAACUAUUGUUUUAAGCUGGCUUUGGCUCUCCAAGCUGUGAUUGUGUCUCCUGACUAUCGAUUAUCUCCUGAGAAAAGGCUUCCUUUGGCAAUUGAAGAUGGGUUUGCCUCUGUGAAAUGGCUACAGUCCCAGGCUGUGGCGGCUGAGCCUGAUCCUUGGCUAGUUGACUCUGCAGACUUUGGGCGUGUGUUCAUCUCUGGUGACUCGGCUGGUGGGAAUAUUGCUCAUAAUGUGGCGGUUCGAUUAGGGGCUGGUUCAAAGAGUCUUACACCGGUUCGGGUCAGGGGUUAUGUUCUAUUGGCACCUUUCUUUGGUGGGGUUCAGUUAACUGAAUCCGAGGCUCAUGGUCCCAAAGAUGCUUUCUUGAACUGGGAACUUAUCGAUCGGUUUUGGAGGUUAUCUAUACCGGAAGGGGAGACCAUGGACCACCCGUUGGUUAACCCGUUUGGCCCGGUUAGCUUGGAUCUUAAACCAGUGGAAUUGGAUCCGAUCUUGGUGGUUUGUGGUGCUAGUGAUUUAUUAAAAGAUAGAGCCAAAGAGUAUGCAAAGACAUUGGAGAGUUGGGGUAAGAAUGUGAAGUAUGUAGAGUUUGAAGGUCAACAACAUGGGUUCUUCACCAUCGACCCAAAUUCAGAACCAUCCAUUAAACUCAUGCAAAUUAUCAAAGAUUUCAUCACCCAACAUUCCAUUUAGCAAGUUUGAAAAGUAGUACAAAAGUUAUUAUCAAAUAAAUUGCGACAGCUUUAUAUGUGUUUCUUUUUUAUUGUUUUGUGUGGUAGGAGUCUGUUUGAUAAAAGUUUAAUAACUUUGUGUUGAAUGAAUAAGAAAUGUAUUUGUUUAAAAACGUUUUUGAA